AUGAACCUCUCCUUUUGCUACCGGCUGGUGGACCUCGGGCAACCCGCCCUCAUCCUGCAGCACUACAACCACACGGGCCGCCUGGAGUUUCGGGGACCCCCUGAAGAGGGCCUCGGCUGGCUUCGCAGCCUCUUCGUGGCUAUCAGCUGUGUAAUCAUUGUGGAGAACCUGCUGGUGCUGGUGGCCAUCAUCACUCACAUGCCCUCUCGCCGUUGGGUCUACUACUGCAUCGUCAACAUCACCCUGAGCGACCUCCUCACGGGCGUGGCCUACCUGGCCAACAUUGUCCUGUCCGGUGGAAGGACCUUCCACCUGACGCCCACCCUCUGGUUCCUCCGAGAGGGGCUGCUCUUCAUGGCCUUGGCCGCGUCCACCUUCAGCCUCCUCUUUACAGCCGUGGAGAGGUUCGCCACCAUGAUGCGUCCCGUGCUGGCCCGCAGCACCAGCAAGAGGGUCCGCGUGUUUGGCUUCAUCUGCCUCUGUUGGCUCUUGGCUUUUCUGUUGGGCCUGUUGCCUCUGCUGGGCUGGAACUGCGUCUGUGACUUCUCCAACUGCUCCAGCCUGCUGCCGCUCUACUCCAAGUGGUACAUCCUCUUCUGCGUGGUCAUCUUCAGCCUGAUCCUGGCCUCCAUCAUGCUGCUCUACGGCGCCAUCUUCCGCCUGGUCCGAGCCAAUGGGCAGAAGAUGCCACGAGGCCACGCCCACUGCAAGGCCCAGCGCCUCCUGCAGACGGUGCUGAUGAUCCUGGUGGCCUUCCUCAUCUGCUGGGGUCCGCUCUUCGGGCUGCUGCUGGCGGACAUCUUCAGCUCGGCUGCCUGGGCCCAGGAGUACCUGCGAGGCAUGGAUUGGAUCCUGACCCUGGCGGUGCUUAACUCAGCCAUCAACCCUCUCAUCUACUCCUUCCGGAGUCGCGAGGUGUGCCGGGCCGUGCUGGGAUUCCUGUGCUGUGGCUGCCUCAGCCUGGGCAUUCGAGGGCCUGGGGACUGCCUGAUCCGGGCCAUGGAGACCCAUUCCAUCUCUUCCACCGAGAGCUCCCUCCGGCCCCGGGACAGCCUGAGGACCUCCCGCUCUCUCAGCUUCCGGAUGCGUGAGCCUCUGUCCAGCGUGUCCAGUGUCCGAAGUGUCUGAGCCUGCUGGAAUCCCUGGCCCCUGGUCUCCAGGCCCAAACCCCUCCUCUUGCUCUUGACUUCUGACCAUGGUCCCCCUAAGGGAGGGCAGGUUGGGGGUGGGGCCUCGUGCCCUUUGCUGGAUGAACUAUUGCUGAAGUUCCAGGAAUUGUCCCCUCUUGCCUAGUUUCCUGCAAGGGGUUUUGGGUAAUGAUCUGGGGUAGGGGUCCUGGGCUUGAGGCCAAGGCCCCGAUGUCUUGGGCAAAGAGGAUGUUACACCAUAGAGCUCAGUGGCCCCCGUGGGCACUGGCAGAAUGCCUAGGGCAAAGAUCUUCUACCUCUGUGUCUAAGGGAGUGGCUGCUUUGGUGGGUCGGGGCUCUUUGCCUGCAGCUGCCUCGCCCUCCACAUCCCUAUGGACACCCUUCCUUUCUGUUCUGGUUGACCAGGAAAGUUAAGGUGCUUAGGACAACUCCAGCCUUGUUCUUCCUUGGGUCACGAUUACUAAGGAAUCCAUGCAAUGCUGAGGCUGCUGGGCCAGGCUGAGUGGGCAGCUCACAGAUUGGUGACUUGUUUUAGUGGGGACAGUGUAGAGAAGGGGGGGGCUCUCAAUUAAGCUGGGUGGGGAGCCCAGUGUACAUGGGGCCUCAAGAAUGCAAUGCAAUGUAAAUGGAAUGCAAUGGAAUUUAUAGCAUGAAUAGCAAUGUGGGCAGGUAAGGGGAAUUAGUCCUGGGAAAGGCUUUCCUUAGGGACAUAUCUGUUUUCUUCCAUGUGUGUGAGACACUAGAUGUGUCUCUAUGUGUGCAGAUCUCAGUCAACACAGUUCCCCUGCAUGAUAGAACAUAGAGAGGUCAUCUUAUUCCUCCCCUUGCUUCCAUGGCACUUAGAGUGUCUCCGGUGGAAGAGACUGCUCGUCCCUCUUUUUUCAGAGAUCUCUAGGGAGGGAGACCCUGGGCUUCCUGUUACUCAGAGGUCUGAACAUAGUCUACAUGUGUUUCAAGGACGCGUGUCUUAAUUCACUUUAUAGGAUCAUAGGUUUCAGAGUUCAUUGGGACAUCAGAGAUGCCCUAGUGUAGGCGAUCAUAACCCGGGGCUUGUGAACCUGGUACGUGUGUAUGUGGUGCUGUUGUUGUUUUUACAUUUUGAUAACUGCAUUUCAACAUAAUUGGCUUCCUCUGUAAUGCUGUCUUUUGCUUUAUGUAUUUAAAAACAUGAUUUUGAGAAGGGGUCCAUAAACUUCACCAGGCUCCCUCCUAAAGGGGUUAGUUAAGUACACAAAGUAAAGUUAAUUGAUCUAGUUCAAUUCCCUUAUUUUAUAAAUGAGGAAACUGAAGCCCAGAGAAGAGAUCUUAUUUGUAACAGAAACGGGGAAAAAACCCAUAUAUAUGUGUGUGUGUGUGUGUGUGUGUGUGUGUGUGUAUACAUUUACAUACAUAUCAUAUAUAUCUAUACACAAACACACACAUGUAUAUGCGCAUAUAUGUAUAGAUUUACAAAUGCAUACAUGCAUGCAUGUACACAAGUGUAUACAUGCAUAUAUGUGUGUAUAUUAUAAUGUGAUUAUGUGUAUGGGGAGGGGUUGCUCUUGGCCUUGGUGUUUUGUUUUUACCAUCUGGAGGCUCCUCCUCUUCUCUUCAUCACCCUUCCCCCUCUCUAGUUCUGGGGGAUUUGUCUGAGAGUCUCAGGCUUUGAGUCCCCUGGCCUGAGACCAUUUAGAAAGGUCAUUCUCUCCAACUCCCAGUCUCUGGGGCCCGUGCCUUUCCUCCUCCCCCACCCACAGGCCCCUCCCUUCUUCUCACCCUUAAAUGUUAUUUUUCAUAAAUUAAAGAGGAACUUCCAGCCGGUGUCUGGUCAUUGCCGGAAGGUAGCUGCCAUUUUCUGAGAUGGGGGGUGUAAGGCUCCAUCAUUCUGGGAGGCCAGUGGCCAGUUGAGGCAGACAGGGCUGGAGGAUGAAAAGGUCAGAGCCCUGAGCCCUGGGCCAGGCCUCUCUGACUCCAGAUGUCAGCAGAGGUCCCUCUCUUUCUACCCUGGGGACCCACAGUAGCCUCUUACCUCUUUUUCGCUUGUGUUCCCAGGGCCUCCCUCCUUCGUCCCAUAUUCACAGGCUACCUCUUUUCUGCAUUUUCCUAGAACAAUGGAAGGAGGCUCGGGCUGCCAAUCUGGGAGACUUGACAGCUCUUGACAGCAACUUGCUGUAUCAUAUCGGACAAACCUCUUCCCCUUUCUGAGCCUCGGUAUCUUCCUCUAUCAACUGAGAGGGUUAGACCUCCAAGACCCAGCUCCCAGCCUUGAGCUUCCAUGUUCUAAGGGCCCUCCCAGCUCUGACCUUCUGCAUUCCAGGAUCCCUCCUAGCUCUGACAUUCUGUGUUCUAGGAUUGUUCUGACAUUCUAAGGUCUCUGCCAGCUCUGGCAUUCUUUGUUCUAAUGUUUUCCCCAACUUGAUGUCCUGGGACCCAAGGUUCUAGGCAUUGUAUGCAUGAAAAAGAAUCCAGAUAGGGAACUGGAAUUUCAUCACUGGAGGUCUUCAAGGGGCUAGAGGACCCCUUGUCAGGGAUGAUGUAGAAAGGACAAAAUUCUCUCAGAAGUCCCUUCCAGCUGAGAUUCUCUGAUCCCCUCUUAGGAGGAAAACAGAACCCCAGGUAAUAGUUAAUAAACAUUUUCUGAUAAUGACAAUGUGGCUGAGGACUUAUUCUUGAUUUUGACCUCCAGGCCACCUUUUUGGUAGGCCUCAGAAGCCCCUGAAACAUCCCUGCCCUGCCUCCCUCCCCCCACACCCAUUGCCUUGGAAACAGGAAGCAGAGGGCUUGUGCUGGAUAUGGGAGGGUAUGAAGUGGUGACCGUUGAGGAGGAAACAGCUAACACCCCCGGCUGGGUACUGAGAUGAAUCUUUCUGAAAGAGAUACCAGACACAAGAAUGAUGGUAUUGGUCACAAGUGUGACCACCCCAGGGACAGCUGGAGCUCUUCCAGGAAGAUGUAGAAAAGCAUUGGGUGUUCUUAAGGUUCCAUCGGCAACCCCCACCCCAAAGCCAGUCCAUCGGUCCCCUUCUGGAGGUAUUCCAGGAGAACAUGUGUCAUUAGAGGGAGGACCUGGGUG